AUGUCACCAAGUAAAUAUUUACUAAACCCACCAGAGGAAUUGCAUCCAUAUACUGCGAUAGCAAAUGAUAAAUAUAAGAACAAGGUCCCAUCAGAUCAAGAAUCAAAGCUGAUAUAUCCCGAUUUUGGACCAUGGAAACACAAGAAAGAAGAAGAUCAGAUACUCUUAAAUUUCGUCUCCAAGGGAUAUUACGUAUCAUCAAAAGUAAAUUUCGAAAGUAUCUCAGCUAGAUCGUCUCUACAUGAAUCACUUCCAAAUUUGUCUAAUGAGCUAGCAUCACAAUUUUCGAAGGUCUUGAAGAUUCGAGAACAAGAAAUAAAUAAGAUAUCUUCCUCUGAUAACAAUCCUGCUUCUAUUGAUAGUCUUCGAGUUUUUAAUCCCCUAGCAGGUCCCGGGUUUGUAUUGCCUAACAGAGUCACUUUAACCGACAAUAGAAAGGAGUUGUGGUUGCAGGAGUUGAGCUCUCCUCACACUUCAUUACAUAAAAUUUCCAAAUUUAUACCGCAUGGGCUUAAGAGGCGACAAGUUAUCGAACAAUGCUACGUAAAACAGAUACCUUUAAGGAGGGCAAUUUGGCUUUUAAAGACAUGCUAUUCCAUUGAAGCUCACGCCUUACAAGUUAAAUAUUUGAACACAAAUUCCAACUCAAAGUCUGAGUGGGAUUUGAAUCGACUCAUUAAUGAUCCAAACACUGACCUGGAAAAGAUCUCAGAAUCAAUUUCAUCACCCUUGUAUAAGGAAUGGACUGAUAAUUUUGUUUAUAUUCUUGAAAAACUAGUUUUUGAAAUGAACCAAUAUUACAAUGACGCUGCUAAACUAAAAAAAUGGAAAACUGAGCUAAAUUACUUUUUAAAACUAUUAGGCAAUUGUUACAGUCUCGAUCUCCUUAAUAAAGAAGUAUUUCAUCACUGGCUGAUAGAGUUCAUUUCUAAAAUCGAACUUUUCGAAUUUUUGCCCACAGCUUUGCAUAUUUUAACUAUAUUCUGGGAUAAACUAAUCAAUUCAAGUAACUUGCCUGAUAAAUCAUUUUCAUUACAAUGUAAUAAUUCCACUCACUCGACCAAUAAUAAUUUUUUGGUCUCUAAGAUCACUGACAUAUUGCUUUACAAGUAUUAUGUGGUUUCAAAUGCCAAAUCUAUGAUAAAUGACGAAAGUUAUAUUAUAAAUGAUGUCAGAAAAAAUACCAAGAUAAAGGAAUCAAUAUUAUCCAUUUUGCGUAAUUUAAUAUGGAAACUUUUUCAGAGGAGUACGUUAGAUAUCUUUUUAUUCAACGCAUCGAGUUGGGAUCUCUAUAAACCCUAUAUUUUUGAAAUAAUAAGUUUAAAGUGGGCCUCAAGUAGCACUGUAAAUAAAGGGGAAAUUAAGAAGAAGUUGGAGUUAAUUAGUUAUAGAAAUGAAACAUUAAGGAGUAACAGUUUGUUGGCUACAUCUAGUUCAGCAGCUUCUUCCCCUUCUAACACCUCAAAUUGGGAUGCAGAUUAUUCGAAUAUAUUCAAAUCAUCCUCAAAAGAUCCAAAUUUGAAAGUGAUCAGAAUACAAUUCGCUGAUAUAUCAUUUACCAAGAAAUUAGACGAUAACUCUACAGCUUUCGAUUGGGCACAAUACAUUGAUCAAAAUCCGUUACAGAAGACACAAAUUUUACAGUUAAUUCUAUGGGCAAUUCAUCCAUCCCGUACAUUUCAUUAUGAAUCGAUGCAAUUAGUUGCUAAAAUACUGCUUUUGCAAAUCAAUUCAUCGCUUGCCGACAACUUUCCUGAAUAUGAGAUAGAAGAUUUGAUUUGGUCAGUAGUUUUUCAAAUUGCAAAAUUGAAUUCCACAAACCUUAAGUUAUUAGUAUGUUUGAAAUCCCUAUACAAAAUAUUGAACAUUCUAAUUAUUUAUGGCAUUAUCAAAGUUCCAACGUAUAUCAGGAAGCUUAUCAGUUCGGGCAUCAUGUAUUUGCAAGAUUCAGGUGAUAAAUUUCUCCAUGUUAAUCUUAUUAUCAAUUUGAAGAUUUCACCUUUAAUGAAAAGUCAGUUCAACAUGGUACUAAGAAACGUGAUCGAAUAUGAUCCAUCUUUUUAUGAGCAAUAUAACUUUGAUACAUUAUUGAAAGCUGCUGAAUCAAACAAGGAAAGGCUGCUUUCGGGAGAUUAUGAUGGUUCGUCUCACUUGAAUUUACCACAAAGUAGUAAGAUUAUGCUUGCGGAGGCGUGUUUAAAUCAUUUAUGUUCAGGCAGUUCGCCUGAACCAGUCAGCAGCUCAAUGAUAAUGAGGAUGUUUAAUCUUUUUUGGCUCGAUUUAGAUGUGUUGUACCAUUUUUAUAAAUGGAUUGAAUUCAUCGUCUACCAUCAACUGCUGGCAGAUAUUGACGCCAUGGAGACAUUAAUUGAUAUUUUGAUAAAAUAUCAGAAGUUAUUUUCACAAUUUGUUAACGAUCAUAUUUUAUUCACAAAGACCUUCAUUUACAUAUAUUCCAAAAUCCUUAAGGGCAGUGAUGCAUUACAUUACAACAUUCUGUCAUUCGUGAAGUUCUGGAAAUUUUUCAUGAAGAAUUUUCCAGUAGCUUUAAUUAUUGAUAACGAUCUAAAGCAUGAAUUAUCAGAGAUUUACGAGGAGGAGAAAAAUAAAUUAAAAAAAUUACAAGAGGACGAUGAGUUUGUCCAUAGUUUAUUCAAAUGCCUUAAUGAUAUUGAUUUCCAUGUGUCGAAUUGUGCAAAAUUAUUCCAAUUGAACAUCAAGGUUAUUAUUUCUGAUUCAAAUGAAACAGAAAUAAGACAGAAAUCAAGAUAUAACCUGUUAUUAUUAAUGAGUGCAAAUUCCCGGGAAUAUAAUAAGCUUAUGUCAAUUUUUUUGAAAAGAAAGAGCUUCCAAGAAAAGGACUUAAUCAAACUUAUAUCUGCAAAGUUAUUAACAAUGGAACAAAUUAGUAGUACACUAGGGAUUUCAUUUGUUUUAGACCUUCUGACCUAUAAUUCAAAAAAUGAUGUAAGAAGUGAAAUUUUUUACCAGUUUCAUGAAGAGGAAUUUAUCAAGAGUAAUCUCAAAUCUAUUUUGAUUUCUUGUCAGUUGGAUCUUAGUAAACGUUAUACGACGUUUAUUGGCUUAGUAACGACGUAUGGACCAAUUUCUCAAUACUCCCGAAUUGUAACGACAGUUCUGAUGAAGACUUUAAAGCAACGUCCCACUAUGGCAUCCCAAAUAAUGAAUGACAUAUUGAAUUUUAACUGUAGGAACCAAGAUGUACAAGCCAGCACUGUAGAUGAUGGUGAAGAUGAUGACACAGAAGAUGAAGUAAGUAUCGACGAGCCAUUGCUGUAUGAAACAUAUUCGAUGCUGGAUUUUACAAAUUUGUGGGUUUUCCAAGCGUUUACUGGCUAUCAAUUUUCCAAGAUCCUUGAAAAGAAUGAAACACAGGAAGAUAUUGAUGAAUAUUUGAAAGAGUUUCUUUACAAGAUAUUUGAUGUGACCGAAUUGAAUGAACUUACAUCUGAGUUAUUUGAUGAAAUUAAUCAAAUUGAAUGGAUUGAUAAAAUUGUUCAAUUAGUUGAAAAUGAUUUUUUUGAAAAUAUAUUACUAGAUAGUGGUGAGAAUAAGCUAUCAAGGGAGUAUCUCAUUCUUAUUGUUGAUACAACGACUAGUCUAUCGAGGAAAUUUACCAAACUUACAUCGGCAAACUCAUCACUUUUCUUUAAGUGUUUUGAUAAAUGUGAAAGGAUUAUUUCUAAAUUCGUGGAAUCCGAUAAUUUACAGCCUAUUGCAUUACAGCUCGACGUUUCAAUUAAGAUUCUUACCAUACAUCAAAAUUCUGUUCUUGAAACCAUCGUUCAGGGGCUCAAGACAGAAUCAGAAAGAGACAGAAUAAAUAAAUUUGUCACCAAUUUAUUUAAACUAUUUGAAAAAGUUUCAUUUAGUCUAAAAUUAAAAUUACUCUUAUAUGAAAUAUUAUCUUCAUUGAAAUCGUAUUGCUACUAUGUGGCCACGCUGGGGGAGACAAGUAUAGAUGAUGAAAAUGUCUCAAUAGUUCCUCAAGGUCGUUCAAACAGUAAGAUGCAGAAUGAUUUCAAGGUUCCAGAAAAUUUGAUAAAUCUACCACCUUUCCAAGUCUCAUCAUUCAUGAAGGUUUCAGAUGAUAAUACAGAUAGUUCUGUUGCAUUAAAUCUGGGUAUAACUCCGACAAAGGAUGUAGACUACUCAAAUGAUCAUGGUAGAUGGUUCAUUUACGACAAAAAAUCAAAACGGUACGUUUGCAAAUUCAAGAACGUUCCAUACAACAACAUCAAGAAUUAUCAGAACGACACUGAUCCAGUAAACUCCUUCAACAACGGAUGCUACAACCUCAGUCUCUUCGAUGCAAGCUACGAGAAUAAGAACCCUCAUUAG